AUGCCACGGCGGCUCCGUUCAUCGUAUAUUGCUCUAAGCAAGCGAUCUCUCUCGACCCACUCGCAAAGGCUGUCUUCGUCUCAGUUCCAUCGUUCCGACUUUGCCAAUCAGCCCUUCACCGGAACAUACGAACCAGGGUUGCCUACGUCUGGGCCAUUAGGUGGAGCUUCGAUAUAUGGCACUCCUCGCUUGACUCCCAAGGCCCUGAAACAGCAUCUUGAUCAGUUUGUUGUUGGUCAAGAACGAGCCAAGAAGGUCCUGAGCGUUGCCGUAUUCAACCACUAUCAGAGAAUACAAGAGCUGCAAAGACGGGAAGAGGAGGAGGAAGAGCUGCUGGCACAGAGAGAAAGGAGAGAGCGACAUCCUGUCGAAAAUGAAUUUCCCGGUCAACAAGCUACGGUCCGCAUGGGCGGACCCUCAGCUACACUUAAUCCGCGAACAGGUGGCUCCCUCUUGGUGGAUACGAGUCCUCUGACAUUAGAGAAGUCAAAUAUCUUACUUCUUGGUCCCAGUGGUGUGGGAAAGACAUUGAUGGCGAAGACUCUUGCUAGAGUUCUCUCUGUUCCCUUCUCAAUGUCCGAUUGUACACCCUUCACUCAAGCUGGAUACAUUGGCGAGGACGCUGAGGUAUGCGUGCACCGGUUGUUAGCCGCGGCGAACUAUGACGUCGAAAGAGCUGAACGAGGCAUCAUAUGUCUGGAUGAAGUUGACAAAAUCGCAACGGCGAAGGUCAGCCAUGGGAAAGACGUGUCAGGCGAAGGCGUGCAGCAAGCACUUCUGAAGAUUAUCGAAGGGACUACCAUCCAGAUCCAGGCGAAGCCCGAAAGAAAUGCUCCUCGAGCGGGUGGCCAGUCACAGACCUACCCCACCAAUAGUCCCUUGGGCGCCGGCUUCUCUUCUGGCACAUCAGGGACUUCGGCCGCUCCAGCAAAAGGCGAGGUCUAUAACGUUCGCACGGAUAAUAUCCUCUUCAUCUUCAGUGGUGCAUUCAUCGGACUCCAAAAGCACAUCAUGGACCGACUGACUAAAGGGAGUAUUGGUUUCGGCGCCAGCGUACGAUCUAGCUCAAAUUUGAUCUCCUACAGCCGUGAUCAGAAGUCCACCACAAUCACUCCUGUCCCCAUCCUGCCAGGAUCCCAAGAAGAGGCUCUCUACAAGAAACAUUUGCCCUUCUUCACCCCUACGCCAGCUCCUGAGCAGACUAUGGAUGGCUCUGCCCCAGAACCAAACUACUUUAACCCUCUGGACCUGGUCACUCCAGCCGAUCUACAAUCCUAUGGUUUCAUUCCUGAACUUAUCGGACGGAUACCGACGACUGCCGCCUUAGCUGCACUCACCCACUCUUUGUUACUGCGUAUCCUUACAGAGCCGCGCAAUUCGCUCGUGGCACAAUAUGUCACGCUCUUUUCCCUUUCCGGUAUCGAGCUCCGCUUUACUACGCCUGCCCUUCACGUUGUCGCGUCAAAUGCCCUUGCAAUGGGCACAGGAGCCAGAGCUCUCAGAACUGAAAUGGAGACCAUUCUCGGUGAUGCUAUGUUCGAAGCUCCCGGGAGUAGCGUUAAGUAUGUGCUGGUUACCGAACGAGUGGCAAAAAGAGAAGAAGGGGCCAUCUACUUUGGGCGAGGCCAAGGAGGCAAGUUCCACGCUCUUAUCGCUCAGGAGGAGGGUGACUGGGAAGACAAGCAGAAGAAAAAAGAUCCUGACCGAAAAGGCGAGGCUGUCUCCGCCAGCUUCGAGGACUGGAGAACGAAGACGACAAUAGCUGCUGGAAGCGGUGGCUGA